AAAAUGGCUAACGUUGCUUUUUUAGACCCUUUGAAGAAUGAACCAAAUCUUCAGACAGCAUAAGAUGUGGAUGAUUAUAUAAAUACAUUAACUUAACAUUAAAAUGCAUGUGAAAAGUAAGGGAAAUAUAUGGAGGCUGAAGAUGCAAGGAAAAGAAUAAUUGAGUUAAGGAAUCAACUUAUAACAAAAAAAAAGAAAGAAUUAAUAAUAAAUUGGUAAAACUAGAAGGAUUAGGCUGAAAAGGCAUAUAUGGAGGAAUAUAAUUAAUUCAAUUAAUUUUGGGAUAACAAGAUGUUAAAUUUUAAUGAAGAGGCGAAGUAAGUAGAAUAGGAAUUGUAAAAUCGAUAGUAGAAUGAAUAGAAGCAAUUAUAAGAGGAACUAGAGAGAACUACUCCUCAAAAACCAAAGGAAUCUUCAGAAGUGUUGAAUCUAAAGAAAAUACAGGAGCACUUAGCAAAACAAAAAAAGUAAAAUUUAAUUAAAGAUUAGUUAUGUUGAGGCACAUGCCAUAUAAAACAAGCGUGCUCAGCUAGAAGAGGAAGAGCAUAAGAUAUAUACUAUAUCUAGGAGUUAGAAAAUUAAAUCAUAAUUACAACUAUUAGAAUAGAGACAUUUAAAUGAGUUGAGUGCAUUGUAAUAAAGAAUAAAAGCAGGAUAAGAUGAAUUAAGGAAGAAUAGAAGCAUAGAUUUAGAAAGGUAUUUUAUAGAAUGUAAACUUAUACCUGUAGGUUGCUAUAAAAGUAUCAAAACACAAAAAAAGAUUUAGAGUAGAAAGAAUAAAUGGACAUUUUAGCAUUUGAUGGAUAAUUUAAAACAAAAGGAUGUAGUAGUUAGAGUACUUAUAAGAGUGUAAUGAUGAUGGCUAAAAAAUGAUGAUUGUG